CCUCGAGUUUAAUCCUCUGUCAUUGGUGACAGCGCGCGAUGACGUUGCACCACCAGGGGACCACAGUUUACGCACUGGCACCUUCAGGGGGACACCGUCUGUGGAGAGCUUCUGUACCCUGGUAAGGCGAUGGAGAACUCAAGUAUGGUGGUCACUGAUGUUCCAACUGCUGGCCUAACAGAAAUCCUCAACUUCACCAUGAAUGACACCAUCUCCCGACUCUACGAAGGCUUCACAGAUGAGCUCACCAUGACAGAAUUACGCGUAACGAACGACCAGGUAUCUCUGAAAGUUCUCAGGACUGCGGUUGCUGCUGGGCUUCGGGCUAAACUGCCGCCGACGGAACCCGCUCACUUGGUGGUUGCCUUUUGGGAUUCUCCGCUAAGUCACGGAAUCAAUGUGUUUGUAGGGAUUGUCCUGUGCUUCACCAUGCUGGGGCUAGGGUGUACGGUAGAUGUGAGCCAGCUUGGGGAACAUAUCCGCAGACCCAUCGGGGUUCUGCUGGCGCUAGUGUGCCAGUUUGUUAUCAUGCCCCUGGUCGCCUUCCUGCUUGCUUUGGCAUUCUCUCUCGACGAUGUGGCGGCUAUGGCCGUUCUACUGUGUGGCUGCUGUCCAGGAGGAAACCUAUCCAACAUCAUGUCCUUAUUAGUGAAUGGGGAGAUGAAUCUGAGCAUCAUCAUGACCAUUUCCUCCACGGUCCUAGCGCUGGUUCUGAUGCCGCUGUGUCUGUGGAUAUAUAGCCGCGCCUGGAUCAACACCCCGGUGGUCAAUCUGAUGCCGUUCGGCGCGAUCAUCCUCACCCUCUGUAGCACUCUCAUCCCCAUUGGUCUGGGGGUCGUGCUCCGGUACCGCUACAACCGGGCGGCAGACAUCGUUUUAAAGGUGUCCCUGUGGUCUCUGCUGGUGACCCUGGUGAUGCUGUUCAUCAUGACGGGGGCCAUGUUGGGGCCAGAGCUGCUGGCUACCAUCCCUCCAUCUGUCUAUGUGGUGGCUGUCCUGAUGCCUGCAUGUGGCUACGCUGCAGGCUAUGGCCUGGCCACACUGUUCGACCUACCGCCCAACAGCCGUAGGACCGUGUCACUGGAGACCGGGUGCCAGAACGUGCAGCUCUGCACAGCCAUCCUGAAGAUGGCCUUCCCACCACAGCUGAUGGGGGGCAUGUAUAUGUUCCCUCUACUCUACGCUCUCUUCCAGGCCGCUGAGGCCGGCAUCUUCAUCCUGGCCUAUCGGAUGUACAGGAAAGAGGUUCUACACAAACCAGACACAAACCCACUAGGGGACAACAGGGAUAUUGGAUAUAAUAGGUUUGAAGACGAGGAUAUGGGCUUUGACACUUCUUACGGGGCAGUGACCAUGAGUGACCCAAAUCUCAUCAUGCUGGAGCCUUGUCCGGACUCUACUCCUGUUUAGUGUGC